AUGAAACGUGCAUGUACAAUAUAUGUUGGAGACUCCACCAAAGUCAUCGCUCAGGUACACGAAGGAGAUGAGAGACUAGUGGCUACAGUUUACCCUAAUGUUGAUUGUGCUUUUAUUGUUACACUUAUCUUUAUAUUUGACCUCAUUAACAUGGCUGGGACUGGAGUCUGA